AAAAAAAACAAAUAAAAAAAGAGACAGAGAAGAAAGAGACCUCACCUUCCUCUCUUUGCGCGUUUUCUCUAAUCUCUCUCUUCUCUCUUCUCUCUCUUACGGCUGUUGAAACCAUGGCAUUUCUCACCAUCGCCGGGAUCCGUGAUUCUCGAUCGGAGGAUGAAUCGUCAGCUUCUUCGUCUCUCUUCGCGUAAUCUUCAUUCUCCAUUCUCCAAAUCGCCGCCUGAUUGCAACAAAAUCCAAAUCGUUUUUGUAUGAUGGUGAAGAACUAGAGGAAGUAUUUUAGUCUCAGUUUCUGAUUUUGUUUUUGUAAGCUUAGAGGGGGAAGACAAUGUCAACAAAGGGAGAACAUCAUACAGUUCCGCUUUCUGUAUUGCUAAAGCGUGAAUCAGCUAAUGAAAAGAUAGACAAUCCUGAACUUAUACAUGGCCAGGCUAACCAAAGCAAGAAGGGAGAGGAUUUUACACUUGUUAAGACAGAGUGCCAACGGGUCAUGGGAGAUGGCGUUACUACCUUCUCAGUUUAUGGGCUUUUUGAUGGACACAAUGGUUCUGCAGCAGCUAUCUACACUAAGGAGAACCUUCUGAACAAUGUUUUAGCUGCAAUACCCUCUGAUCUUAACAGAGAUGAGUGGGUUGCGGCACUUCCUAGGGCUUUGGUUGCAGGAUUUGUGAAAACUGAUAAAGAUUUCCAGGAAAGAGCAAGGACGUCUGGAACGACAGUAACUUUUGUCAUAGUAGAAGGAUGGGUGGUGAGUGUUGCAUCUGUUGGUGACUCUCGUUGCAUACUUGAGCCUGCUGAGGGCGGUGUAUAUUAUUUGUCUGCUGAUCAUCGUCUUGAAAUAAACGAAGAAGAGCGAGAUCGAGUCACUGCAAGUGGUGGUGAAGUUGGUCGGUUAAAUACUGGUGGUGGUACUGAGAUUGGUCCUCUUAGAUGUUGGCCUGGUGGUCUGUGUCUCUCAAGAUCCAUUGGAGAUCUGGAUGUUGGCGAAUACAUUGUUCCAGUUCCUUAUGUCAAGCAAGUCAAGUUGUCUUCAGCUGGUGGUCGACUUAUAAUCUCAAGUGAUGGUGUGUGGGAUGCAAUAUCUGCAGAAGAGGCUCUUGAUUGUUGCCGGGGUUUGCCACCUGAAUCUUCCGCAGAGCAUAUUGUUAAGGAAGCUGUGGGGAAAAAAGGUCUUCGCGAUGAUACAACCUGUAUUGUUGUUGAUAUAUUGCCACUAGAAAAACCGGCUGCUUCGGUGCCACCUCCGAAAAAGCAAGGGAAAGGAAUGCUAAAGUCCAUGUUCAAAAGAAAAACAUCUGACUCCUCUUCUAAUAUUGAGAAAGAGUAUGCAGAACCUGAUGAAGUUGAAGAACUGUUUGAAGAGGGCUCUGCCAUGCUUUCAGAAAGAUUAGAUACAAAGUACCCGCUUUGCAAUAUGUUUAAGUUGUUCAUGUGUGCUGUGUGUCAAGUAGAAGUGAAACCUGGAGAAGGUGUCUCAAUCCAUGCAGGAUCGGAUAAUUGCCGUAAGCUUCGUCCGUGGGAUGGUCCAUUCCUCUGCGCAAGUUGCCAAGAUAAGAAAGACGCAAUGGAAGGAAAAAGAUCAUCGGGAGAUAGACAUAGUAGUGAGAGCGACUAGCCAGCAAUCUACAAUUUAUUGGCAAAGCAACUAACAAAACAGUAAUUGUGAGUAUAUUGGAGCGGUUCGAGGAAUCAUCUGGUCGUAAUUUGUCACCCAGAGAUAUAAGUUCCUUGAUCAACCACCACCAUUCUUACCAUUCUCCAGCAGACUCCAAAAGCUGUUUAUUUUUAUUCUUUGAUAUGGCUCCCACUUCACGACAACUUGGGUUCAAUGUAAUUCAGACAUCAAACUUGUUUCAAAGUAGAGGUAAUUCAUAAGUUCUUUCCAUUUUUUCUUUCUUUCUUCAUUUGUGAUCACUCUGUGCUUUUUGUCUUUCAAAAUGAGUAGAACUAACUAUGAGAGACGGUAGCUUUAUUACUUCUGUUGAAAAUGUUGAGUCGUUUAGGGAGGGGUAAAGAAAGAUAUGCGAGUCUGUGUGCAAUUAUUUCAAUGUAUAAACCAAAGAAAAUAUUCUGGAAAGAAGCAAAUCAUUUUUCAUGUAA